UCCCGCCUCCGUGAGCUGAUUGUGGCUGUGUCCCCGAUGCUGGCCGGGGCCGCUGGUUCUAGUUAGAUGUCGGCGGACUUUCCCGUCGACAGAGCCAGCCCUUCCGCGCCAUGGCCGCGCCGGCGGCGACGCCGUUCAUCGCCUCGCUGGACGUGGGCACCACGUCGAUCCGGUGUCACAUCAUCGACAGGACGGGCAGCGUGGUGGCGACGGCCACGGACUCGGUGAAGCUACUGUACCCCAAGCGCGGCUACGUUGAGAUCGACCCGGAAGUCCUGUGGCAGUCGUCCAAGAAGGUCGUCGCGGAGGCUAUUCAGCGCGCCGGGCUGCGGCCGGACCAGGUGACGGCGCUGGGCGUGUCGACGCAGAGGAGCACGUUCGUGACGUGGGACCGGCGGACGGGCAAGCCGUUCCACAACUUCAUCACCUGGAAGGACGUCCGCGCCGACGGGCUGGUCCGCCAAUGGAACAACUCCCUCACGUGGCGGGGCAUGCGGCUCGGCGCGCGCUGCCUGUACGCCGUCACGGGCAGCAAGCGCUUCCUGGCGGGCAGUGUGCUCAAGCUGAUGAACACCCAGGUGACCUGCCGCUUCAGCUGGGCGCUCACCAACGUCCCCGCGCUCAAGGACGCCGUCGCCAACCGCCAGGCCGCCUUCGGCACCGUGGACACGUGGCUCAUGUACAAGAUGACGGCGGGCCGCUGCCACGUGACUGACGUGUCCUCGGCGUCCGCCACGGGCUUCUACGACCCGUUCACCAUGUCCUGGGCGUCGUGGGCGCUGGGGAUCUUCGGCAUCCCGGAGCACGCGCUGCCCGCCGUGGGGGACUCGGCGGGGCCGCUGGCGGAGAGCGACCCCAGCGUGUGGGGCGCGGCCAUCCCCAUCCGCAGCCUGGUGGCCGACCAGUCCGCCGCCGUGUACGGCGCCUGCUGCUUCCAGCCCGAGCUCAUCAAGGUCACCAUGGGCACCGGCACCUUCGUCAACAUCAACACCGCCGGCAAGACGCACGCGUCCGUCAAGGGACUGUACCCCGUGGUGGGCUGGCGCGUCAAGGACGACCUGGUGUACUUGGUGGAGGGCGCGUCCAGCGACACGGCCAACAUCGUCAACUGGGGCCAGAGCAUGGGGCUGUACGCCGACCCGUCGGAGUCGUCCGGCAUGGCCGAGGCCGCGGGGGACUCGGACGGCAUCUGCUUCGUGCCGGCCUUCAGCGGCCUGCAGGCCCCCGUCAACGACUACCAGGCGGCGGCCGGCUUCCUGGGCAUCAAGCCGACGGCGCGGAAGGAGCACAUGGUUCGCGCAAUGCUGGAGAGCCUGGCGUACCGCGUGGUGCAGCUGCUGCGCGCCGUGGACGAGGAGACGUCGUGCACCUACACUAGGAUCAGGGUGGACGGCGGCGUGUCCCGCAACGACUUCGUGUGCCAGCUGCUGGCCGACCUGUCCCGGCUGCCCGUGGAGCGCGCCACCAGCGCCGAGAUGUCCGCCAUGGGCGCGGCGUACUUGGCGGGCGUGGCGGCGGGCGUGUGGCGCGACCAGGCCGAGGUGGCGGCCCUGCGCCGCGUGGAGCGCGUCUUCGAACCGCGCGCCCUGGACGUCGGCGACGACGCCCGCGACGACGCCCGCGCGGCCAUGGCGCUGUGGGAGAGGGCGGUGGGCCGCUUCCUGGACUGGUACCCCGUGGACGAGGCGGCCGGCGCGUCGCCCUCGUCGUCCUCCAGGUCGUCCUCCAGGUCGUCCUCCAGGACGCCCUCCGCCGCCAGCAAGGGGGCCGGCGACGCCUCGUGACCCGACGCCGCUCGACGCCAAGGACGACCUGCCGCCGAUGACCCGGCGACGCGGAGGGUCUCUCGCUACACGACGAUAUUCCUGAUUUUGAGACUUUUUUUGGAGUGGGUCCCAAGUCCCGCCCCGUGAAGGGCCUUCGCUGCGGCCCACCAGGUUGUUUGUAACUGCAGCUAUCUUCCAUUAGAUUGUAUUAUCCAUCCUCGAGGUGUUGUGGGCCAAACUAGUUGUUGUUUUUGUUGUUAUUGUUUUUGUACGCUCUUGCGAGCAAGGAGAGGCACGGGUCUCGUUUUGCGUGUGACUCGGGGACCGAUUCGACAAAUUGAAUAAUUGUCUAAUUGUGUCGCGCCGGUUCGCAGGCUCGAAAUUAACUCUCCUUCGAUUGUUGCUCUCUUUUGUGUGAUUCUAGACUCUUGCCACUCGGCGAGGAGACAAUAAGAAGCUUGGAGGGAUUAAAACAAAAGGGGGUGAACCAACGGUUCCAUCCGCCAUUUCAUGUUCAGUGUGAUAUUCCACGGUGAUAUUUUACUUUUAGUUAGGACUGUAUACGUUUCUUAAAUAAUGACGAUGUCGUACA